AUGAGUGAAAGGAAAAGAGAUUAUCCCAGCGGCGCUGAGAAAAGAAAAAUUAAACAGAAAAGGGACGAGGUUAUAAAAAAAGUGCCCAAAAUUUCUUCAUUUUUUCAGAGACAAGAUACUGUGAGUGAUUUAGAUUGGAAAGAUUCUUCUGAAGCAUGUUCUUCGUCACAUAUCCAUCCGGAAAUAGAAGAAAGCCAAGCACAUACUUUAUCGGAUGUCCAUCCAGAAAUCGAAGAACCCCAAGUCAACGAUUCUGAUAUAUCUGCAGAUAAUGCAGAUUGUAAUAUAAUUUCAUCAGAUAGAGGAAAUUUUGGAUUCAUAGCAGUAACCGAUUGCAGUGCUGCAGGUCUGAAAACUGUCAUUUUAAAUUUGACUAAAGAAUAUGGAAUUGAUUUGACUAAAUGUAGAGGACAGGGAUACGAUGGAGCAAAUGUUAUGUCGGGUGUGUAUGGAGGAUUGCAAACCCUAAUAAAAGAGCAUGCUCCAAAUGCCGAUUAUGUUCAUUGUGCUGCGCACGCUUUAAACUUGGUUUUGAACGAUGCUGCGAGACAUGUGUCGAUUUUAUCAGAGUCAAAAGAUUCUGUUUUGCAACUAAUUGACGAUAGUGUUAAUCCAUCAAAUAAUGAUGAAAAAUCUGGAUUAUUUGUUGAGUGCAGCAACGAAAUUGAUCGUCUUUCUGAAAAAUAUAGCAGUUUUUCCUUGAGUUCCACUCAAUGUUCACGAGAAAUCAGUUCCUUCAGUUCAUCUGAUUCUAAUUUCAUAAGUAAGAAAUUAGAUGAAACUUCUGGGAAU